AUGGCGUAUUCGAAACUGAAGUUUCCCGAAUGCAUCUCUGAAAUUCAGUGUGUUACGGUACUAGAUGUUUUGCGAGCCCUGUUGCUACCCACAAAGGCCAUGGAGAAAAAGUUGGAAGUCAAGUUCAGCAUCGGCAAUCGGUUUUUAUCACAAUACUGCCUGGGAAAACCUGCGAGGCAUCUGGGAAGUCUGCACCUGUUCUACUUAUGUGCUUGCCUGUGUGCCUUGUGCUCCUCAACAGAUGCAAAUUGGAACAGAUCUAAAUGCCAGCUAGGGAAGAUCUUAUUUGGUGGCCGUCUGAGAUCGUGGGAAGAUGGCCAUUUACGGCUUCUGGAAGGAUUUCAUACUGUACAGUCCUGUCAGACUGCUUGCUGCCAGAGCCCCACCUGUGAUGCCUUUUGGUUCUUGGAAAAUAUGUGCAUCCAGGUGAACUGCACUAUGCCUGGCACGUGUCAGGCAAACAGGACUGGCUCCUCUGACUCUGUUUUGGUAUUUUUAAGGAAACCAAAAAGCACAGAGCACUUCUUAAAGUAUCGAACAGAAAAUGAUGCAAAGACUUGGCUUCACAAGUGGUUGGACUGGGGCAUCCCUGUCCAAGGCAAAAAAAGACUGCGGAGGUCCUUCCAGGAAUGGAACUUGGCAAGUGACAGAGUGGAUCUUCUGAAAAGGAAUGUAGCUGCCAUCCCCAGUAGUGAGACUGCGGCUGGCGAGCCAGCCAGACAUCGAGAGAGUAAAUCCAGAAGAAGCCGAAGUGAAACAGAAUUUGAAGAUCAACAAGUACUUAGGUCUUUAGUGCAGGACAAGCCUGAUCCCGAAGGCCAUCCAAAUCAAGAGAAAGACUCGCUUAAAACGGGACAGAAUUCAAGAGGGCAGAAACCCAAAAGCCCAUUCCGUCCUAAAAGCAAUAAUGUGACUAGAUCAAGUGAUGCAAAUGCCACUGGCUUUCUACAGGUCCACACAGGAACAUCUGUGCCAGAACCAUCGGCAUUGGCUACGUUCUCCAGUCCUGUAGCUCUGGGCUUGACAGCCGUUGGAAAGACCGAAAAACCUAGGCAGCCAGAUGAUGCUUUUGUCCAUCCUCACUCCUCAGAGAUGCCCACAGUCAGUGCUGUUCAGGGUAAAACCACAAUGAAGAUGCAGGUUGCUACUUCCGUGCCGAGUGGUGUUCCCACAAAUGGCAGUGUUCCCACAAUCCAAACCAACGCUCCUAUAUCACCAAGUACUACUGCCCCCACCCCAGUUAUAAAGGAGCUGGUAGUUUCAGCUGGAGACAGCGUCCAAGUGACCCUACCAAAGAAUGAAGUUCAACUGAAUGCGUUUGUGCUUCCUGAACCACCGCCUGGAACUAGUUACUCCUAUGAGUGGGAACUCAUUACUCAUCCAAAAGACUACAGUGGAGAAAUGGAAGGGAAGCACUCCCAGACCCUUAAGUUAUCUAAGCUUACUGUUGGUCUCUAUGAAUUCAAAGUCAUUGUCGAUGGGGAAAAUGCAUACGGAGAGGGUUAUGUGAAUGUGACGGUGAAUCCAAAGCCUCGGGUGAAUCAGCCCCCUGUUGCCAUUGUGUCCCCGCAGUUCCAGGAGAUUUCACUGCCAACCAUUUCGACUGUUAUUGAUGGCAGCCAAAGCACUGAUGAUGAUAAAAUUGUCAGUUAUCAUUGGGAAGAAUUGAAGGGUCCUUUGCGAGAGGAAAAGGUUUCUACUGAUACUGCCAUAUUGACGCUGACCAACCUGCUACCUGGGAAUUACACGUUCAGUCUAACUGUAGUGGACUCGGAUGGUGCCAGCAAUUCCACCACUGCAAGCUUGACUGUGAACAAAGCAGUGGAUUAUCCUCCAGUGGCAAAUGCAGGCCCAAACCAAGUGAUCACACUGCCUCAGAACUCCAUCACCCUCUAUGGCAACCAGAGCACCGAUGAUCACAGCAUUGUCAGCUAUGAGUGGCUGCUCAGUCCUAAUAGCAAAGGAAAGGUGAUGGAGAUGCAGGGAGUGAGGACUCCAGUCUUACAGCUCUCUGCAAUGCAAGAAGGUGAUUACACUUACCAGUUAAUAGUGACAGAUUCCGCUGGGCACCAGUCUACUGCAGAGGUCACUGUUAUAGUCCAGCCAGAGAACAAUAAGCCCCCAAAGGCAGAUGCUGGUCCAGAUAAGGAAUUAACUCUUCCUGUGGACAGCACCACUCUAGAUGGCAGCAAGAGCUCAGAUGACCAGAAAAUAGUCUCCUUUGUCUGGGAAAAAACACGGGGCCCAGAUGGUGUCAAGCUGGAGAAUGCCAACAGCAGUGUUGCCACUGUAACAGGCCUUCAGGUUGGAACAUACGAAUUUACUCUGACAGUUAAAGAUGAGAGGAACUUGCAGAGCCAAAGCUCAGUCAACGUUAUUGUCAAAGAAGAGAUAAACAAGCCACCGGUUGCAAAGAUUGCUGGAAAUGUUGUCAUCACCCUGCCCACAAACACAGCUGAACUGGAUGGAUCAAAAUCCUCUGAUGAUAAGGGAAUCAUCAGCUACUUGUGGACCCGGGAUGAGGGGAGCCCUGCAGCUGGGGAAGUCCUGAACAAUUCAGACCAUCAUCCCGUCCUUCUCCUCUCCAAUCUGGUGGAAGGGACCUACACGUUCCAUCUCAGAGUAACAGAUGCCAAAGGGGAAAGUGAUGUGGAAAGGACUACAGUGGAAGUCAAACCUGAUCCUAGAAAAAAUAACCUUGUGGAGAUGAUUCUGGAUGUUAAUGUCAGCCAGCUGACUGAGAGGCAGAAGGGUAUGUUCAUCCGGCAAAUAGGCGUUCUGCUGGGGGUCCUUGACUCGGACAUUACUGUACAAAAGAUUCAGCCGUACACUGAACAAAGCACGAAGAUGGUCUUUUUUGUAAAGAACCAGCCUCCCCAUCAGAUAUUCAAAGGACGUGAUGUGGCCUGGACACUGAAAAAUGAACUCCGGAAACAACAGUCAGACUUUCUCAUUUUUCGGGCAUUAGAAAUUAACACAGUCACAUGUCAGUUAAACUGCUCUGAGCAUGGACGCUGUGACUCCUUCACCAAACGUUGCAUCUGUGACCCAUUCUGGAUGGAGAACUUCAUCAAGGUGCAGAUGGGGGAUGGCGAAAGUAACUGUGAAUGGAGUGUGCUGUAUGUGAUCAUUGCAUCUUUCGUCAUUGUGGUUGCCUUUGGAAUCUUAUCCUGGAUGGUGAUCUGCUGUUGUAAGAGACGAAAAGGAAAAUCCAAAAGAAAAAGCAAAUACAAGAUUUUGGAUGCAACGGAUCAAGAAAGCCUGGAGUUGAAGCCAAAUCCCAAAGCAGGUGCCAGACAGAAAGCCCAGAUCCUCAACACUAGCCUGAUGCACUCAGAAUCUGAACUGGACAGUGAUGAAGCCAUCUUCACAUGGCCUGACCGGGAAAAAGGGAAACUGCUCCGCAGUCAGAAUGGCUCCUUGCGCAAUGGACAAGUGAUGCUCAAACCCAAGAACCAGAGGGAGGAAAUCCUAUAGCUUCUCCCAGGCAGCCUUUUGCUGGAGCUCUGUGGCAGAGAAGGCUGCUCCCAUCUUCUUCUAUAAGGGCCUUUGGAGGCCGGUUUGAUUAGGACUGUGCUGCUAACUUGUUUCACAGAAAAUAACUUUGGUUUUGUGGAUUUCUUUUAAUUCAGUUAAAACUGGUUGUACUUGAAUUUGAAUGUCAAGGGAAAUCAAAGGGAGGAGAAGGUAACUGUGAACCACAGACUAUUCAUCAGGAAAAAACAGAGCUGGCAUCUGGAAUGCAGCGGGAUAGAACCACUUGGAGCAACCGUGAAUGUGCGGGACCCUCCUAGCCCACCUCAAACUGCAGCAGAGAAAAACACCCAGGGACUUCCAGGUCGUUUGCCUUGGGAGCUCCUUGGAGAAGGAAGGUCAAGGCUGUGCUUUGAGCUGUGCUCUGAGCUCCCUUCAGGCUCCAGUAGCCUUGCACAGACUACUCUUGCUGUACAACAACUCUUCUCUUUUACUCCCACCUUCCCUAAUCAUUUAAGCACUAUUUUGAUUUAAACUUGUCCUUUCACAUGCACUGUCUGCUUUUGGAGUGUGCAGAGGGGGAAGCUAAACUCUCUGGUCACGCCCCAUCAACUUGCAGUUGGGAGAGGGUUUUGUAGCUGUUCUAAAUUGUGUCAGGCUUCUCUCGCUGGGAGUGUUGACACAGUGCCUGUUCAAAUGUGAAAAACUGACCUGUCUGUGCUAGCUUGCUGGGCUAGGAGACCCCCUCCUGCAGAAAGCUCUCCUGGUGGGUGCCAGAGCCAGGGAGGGGACACCCACCUUUGGUACCUGCAUCCAAUGGUUGGCUUAUUUCCAAAGCUGUGAGAUGUUGUUCAGUGACCCAGCACUCUCCAUAGGUCCCCAAACCCUCCACGAAUCUGGAUGUUACCAGCUGUAUCUUGAUUAUGAAAUGCCAUAGACUUUUUCUUAAAACUUGUACAACCCAGGCCAACAGGGGUUGAUAUCCUCAAUUCCCAACAGCUGGCUGUUCCCCUCUGGCUGGUAGCUUAGUGGCCUCAUGCUGUGGCUGAAUAACCCUGCCUGCUCCUAGCACAGUGUAAGUGCACACUUAAUGCACUUUAGCCAGUAGAAAGGGGAACUCUCAGCACCUGCGGGCAUCACAUGCUGAGUGCCAGCGGCGGUGUUUCCCUGCUGCUUGGACUCUGGGAAAGGCCUUUCUAGGAAUUGGGUGUGUGGUGGUCCUUUCCUAUACCUGCUUCUUUAUCUCACUGUACUGCUUUCAUGAGCUGCACCCCUGUCCUUGGCCAGCAAUCAGCCUCUCACUGGCAUGAAGGAUGCCAUUGCUCCUCCAGGGAUGGGUGGGCAGUUUAUUGCCUUUCUUUGUGUUAAUUUAUUAGAACUGGAAACCUAUUCCAUUGGCUUUUUUGGGGUAUAAAAGCCAAAAGGCUUUAACUUCCUUGGUUGUAUUUAUAUUGCUGCACUACUGAUUUGUGUUGAGCUAGGUGAAGAUUAAACACUAUUGAAAGUAAGGGAAUGUUCCCUCACUGAAUGUA